AUGACGAAGUCGACGUCAAAAGCAGCCAAAAUAGCCUUUGUGGGCCUCAAUGCCCUCCGUAUCACCUCGCUCAUCGUCCUCCUUCUCGUGUUCGCUACCCUCAUUAUGGGUCUAGUGGAGGACAUUCGCGACUACCGUAGUGACGCGAUCAUGGACGUGGCUGAAGCCGAAGAUUGCGCUUACGUUCCUGGGACUUCCAUACCUAUGCAGACAUGGGGCAUCUUUUGGGUCGAGCUACAUCGUGCGCUACUUGUGCUCGGUGUGGUAGCGCUGUUCUUUGCCGAGCUCAGCUGGUUUGGUAAUUCGAGGCUCGAGCAUGCUGCCAAGCUAUGGUUUCCCGUACUCAGCCGCACAAGAGGUCUUGCAGCGCUUGGAACCGUUCAUGUGGUAAUUGCGACUUCCAUUCUGUCCCACUACUUGGACGAAUUCCCGCUCGUCGUUAGCUGGAUGCUGUUCACCGUGGGCGUCUUCUAUUUGUGCCUCGGGCUCGCUUUCCAUUCUCAUCCGCUCAAAGAUGGUCGCAGCUUGUUUGCCACGAAGCGGAAGAAUUUCAUCGAGAGGCAAGGACAAGGCCACAUGUAUCACUCGUUUGGUCACGAAAAGGGUUACGGCGCCAUCACCAGCACCGGGAAGUCUUCCACAUCCCUUCGUAGGUUCUUUAAACCAAAAGGCGGACAACGCAACACACACAGUCAAAGCGUGUCUAUACAUGAGACUUUCCCAUCUCUUGAGACUGCAUCCCACAAGCAGGUGCUAGCGGACAGGGCGAGACGGACGCAACAUUGUCGAACCCCCUCGAGCGUAGCUGUUGACAUGUCGAUUGCCGAAGCAGAUCGCUCAUCGAUCACGCGCGACUUUGUUUAUAACGCACGUGCCGGCGUCGUGCAGGAACGUGAGCCUAGUGCAGGCGCACUUCCGCCCCAUCACGACAAUUCUUGGGGGAGGCAGCAUGCAUCAAGCGAGCGACGCGAUAGCGAUGUCAGCCACCAAUCCUGCAGUGCAGCCAGUAUCGCCAGUAGCACCCAGAUCCGCAUCGGUGGCUACACGUCUCAAGAAGCAACUCGUGCUCGGGAACGUGCCCGGCGCCGACGUGUUGCCGGCGGCAACGUCGAGUCAAGUCAUCCGCCCCCAGCGAAAAGCACCGGUCAGGGCGCCAAGACGUCCAAGAUCAAGACUGCUAAAAGACGUAGCAUCGCUCUUGUCAAUACCGCUCGCAAUCGGCUGAGUGCAGGAACAGCCUCGGCACUCGCAGCUAGAAGGCGUCAUGCGGUAGCUGCCCAAGCACGAGGAAUUCCCAACACAGACACCGAAAUCACGAUCGAGUACAUCGAUGAUGAUGCCACCGCUCCGCCGGUCCCUCCACUGCCUGCUUACCACCAGGCCACCAGCACCACACAUGAGAUGGUGCAACUUCCUGUUGCGUCCCGCUUUGCUCGAAAUCAUGUAGCGUAG